CGAGACACAAAAACAAACCGGACGAGGGAGUCUGGAGUCUUGAGUGUUUGAAUCGCCUCAAAACACGCGCUUGAUGGUCAUGCUUCGCGCACGUCGUCACCAAAACCCCAUCCAGCAAUACACCAGAACAAGGGCACGCACGAGCGCGGUUCAGCCCAAUGAUGAUGCGCCGAGACGAGGGUGCGCCAGGAGAUCGAGAUGUCCAGACCACUCUCGCAGCCGCGUUCCGGCACACUUGCCUCACAAUCGCAAGCCGGUCCUUCACAGCCUAGUCAAAGAGUCGCUCGUCCAGAGUGCGAGGUCUGCGGCGUCCGCAAGUUCAGAAAGGAUGCCUCCACUGGUCUGAUCAACUGCAUCAAUGGACACGUGCUGCAAGGUUUCAGGGAAGAGACGGCAGAUGAUGAUGACUUCAACCCGGCGGGAAUGCGCAAGCGGGGAACGGGAACGGGAAGAAAGAGACCAAAGAAGAGGAGGUACAGAUUGCAGUCGGGAGUGUGGCAUGGCGAAAGAGGCCAAUUCGCUUUGUACCAAUGCUUGCAGCUUCUGCUCCGCUGGCAGCUGGCAGCCUUGCAUCACGAGUGGCCUGACCUGCCAGACGUAGUCGAGCCGAUAGCGCGAGAUCUUUGGGCACUCUACGUCUCCUGUCUGCCCAAGUUGCGUCCUGCGCCAUUUUUGGAGCAGGAACGGCGAGCCAAAGAGCAAGAGAGCGGGCAGACGAUCGAGGACCUCGCAGAGUUGUCUGCCAAGGAACGGCAAGACGACGAAGCUCGUCGGGCUUUCAGAAGGCGCAUGAGAGAGGUCACAGACGGUUCUGACUUUGAUAGCGAUACCACCUCGUCUAGCAGCUCGUCGACUUCAGAUGACCGCGAAAACGUCGAGAGACCAUCUCCGUCACGUGCCAAGCGUGACCGCACACCGGGAACUGGCAAACACUCGACUCGCGGGCGGUGGAACGAGGGAGUACAGGCAGUAUCGGCAGAAUCGCCGAAGAGCAGCGCCGCUGAGAAAAGAAGAGGGGAUCUCUAUGGUCAAGUCGCAGACGAUUCGCUCCCACAGCUGGCUCCAUCCGCUCAGGACAGCCGGGCUAGGCUGCGCGCUCAAGAAGUGUCGGAAAGAGAUCAGUCACUCAGAACGAUGGUGAACCCCACUAUGAGCACUCUAGCCAUCGUCUACCUUGCUUUGAUCACGGCACGCGUGCCGGUCCUGUGGGCCGACCUCAUCGCCUUGGUCGAGCAACGCCGUCUGCCAUAUCUCGAUGCCUUGCAUACCCUUCCACCAGACAUUGUGGCACCUCUUCCGGGCAGAGCCAUCAAAGCUCUUGAGCCUCGCCACGUUCCCACCAUCGAGGAAUUAUCGAAACGCGCUUGCAAUAUCGCAGAAGCCUUGAACAUCGACUUUUGCGUCACGUUUCCUCAGCUGAAUGCAGCGCCUGUACUUUGGCGCUGCGUAGAUCACCUUCUGCUUCCACCGACCUUCUACACUGCUGCAAAGAGCCUCGUCCAUCUUGUCGGAAUAGAGAUGCUCGCGGUGGGCCGAGACGCUUCCGAGCUCGGAACAUCUGAGCGAAAUUCCGAGUUCCAAAGCACGGAGCGUAUAGGCUUUGCGUUCCAGCGCAGCUGGCUGCCAAUGUCGCCUGAGACUCUUCGCGCAACGUCUCCCUGCAUGCUGCUUAUGGCGGCCGUUGUGAUCGUAAUCAAGCUGCGCUACGGUCUUGAUGGUUACACCAGAACGGAAACCGAAGAUGGUCCCAAGAACUGCGAGACGGCCGCUCCUAAUAUUCUGCGCUGGCUUACAUUGCUUGAAGAGUCGGAUGUGCGCGCUCAGUCUCACAUUUCUUCAGCUCACAACGUAGAUCUAGACAUUAUCGAUCUGGACGAUGCAGGGGUCGACUCAUUCCUAGACUUUGCCGAAGAGAGUCUCCUCUUGCCCAACCACCCAAACAAUUUGUGGUGGCGGCAAGUCAAAGAUGUGGACGACAUCUUCAGCUUUGCGCCGGUGCAAGGUCAAGAUGCACAAUCUCGAGAUAGAGCUACGAGCGAGACUGAAGCACACGCGCCAUCGCCAAGUCAAGUGCGUGAACAGGCGCUGACGCAAGCGCGCUCGAAGCUAUGGUCUUCGGUUCCCGUGUCCGAUUCUGCCUCGCGCCCUUCGGCGCGCGCAGCCAGGUCGAGCAAACCGCUGGAGUGCGGUUCCUCCUACUACCUCUUCCGAGGUAUGACGCUUGGCGAGCUUCCGGAGAGCGCACAAAGGGUUCUGGUCGCAGCGUCCAGCAUUGUAGCUUGCGACACGCUCAAGAUGCUUGAAGUCGUGGCAGAGUUGGAGAGAGUACUCGUGGUGGCACUCUUGCAGCGCAGGAGGCUUUGGUCUAGGGUGAAGAGACGCAGACAGAAGAGGAGGGAGGAGAGAAGACGCGAGAGGGAAACAGAGGGCAGUGUGCAGAGUGAAAGAAGUGAGGAAGAGGACGAGGAUGAGGACGAGGAACAAGAGAGCGAGGGGGAGGAGGAGGAGGAGGAGAGUGAUGUAGAGAUGUCGUAAACUUCACCACGACGGCCCAACGCCUUCCGCAAGAUCCCUCUCACAACGCCUCUCCCCAUGCAUUGCCUACCGAGAAAUUUGCCGAUAUUGAGGAUGAUGCUGAUG